GUAAAAAAGUUGUUGAGAAUUAUGGAAUGAAAGCUGCAAAAAAGGUGCCAGCCCGUUCUGGUAGCAACUUAUAUGAAAUUUUGGAAAUGGGGAAGCAUAAGUCGUCGCUCCAGGACGAAAUUAUUCUGGAUUUCAUGAAAGACAAGCCAGAUCUGGCCCGAGGCUUUGUCAAAGGAGAUCGAGUGGCUGCAGAGGCGAAGUGGGCAGAUCUUGCUGGCGCGUUGAACGCAAUUGGGCCUCCCAUUAAAGACGUUGCAGGAUGGAAGAAGGUUUGGUGCGACUGGAAGUCCAACAUCCGAAAGAAGAUAGCCAAAAACAAGGCUGAGGCCAGGGCCACUGGCGGCGGUCCUUACUCGCAGCAGAUUGUAACGGACGUGGAUGAGGAGGUGGCCAAGAUCUGCGGCCUUUACGAAAUGCUGGAGGGAGUGGCUGGACCAACAUAUGGGGUUUCGCCCACCGUGAACCCUGAUUUAUAA